GACAAUGUAUUCGGAAUUAAGAAAUUUGUUAUACUGAAUCAUUUCAAAAUGAUGUCGGAAUAGUUAAUUUGUUCAAAAGUCCUUCGAAGGAGCAAUGUGGCACCAAUGCGAGGCUACUUAAAUGUGGCUUGUCUUCCUUAACUGAUUUGCCUCAAUAUGUAUGAGUUCAGGUUGCUUUGAUAGUCUUUGUGGCAGAGUAACACAAUACUCCCAAAAGGAUGGGACGGAUACGACAGUGGAAACCGCUUAUAGUGAUCAAGUAGUCCACGUACAGUGUUCAUUUUAGCUCUUUUCAUACGUGACAACGUGUGGAUAAAGAUGUUAUUCUAUUUUUUCAAACUUAACUCCCGCGAUACUAUGCCUCAUGGUAACCCGUCUGCUUCUGGUUGGCUACCUGAGGCUGGUGUUGCGUGGACAUUUUAAUUAUGACAGGAAAAGGAACCUUUUUUUUUUCUUCUAUAAAUUAAAAACAGUCUGCUCAAAAUGAAUGGCAAACUGCCAAAAACAGAUGCACCAGUGCAACUUGUUCCUCAGGCUACCUCACUCAAACAACGAGAAACAGUCACAACAGUCAUCCGCCAGUAGUGACCCGGACAGUGGUGAUGACUAUAAACAUUUCCACUGUACUACGUUUAAUGACCAAGCUCUGUCUUGCCCAGCAUCUUUCUGCUGAUUAACAAUUAAAUUAUGCAUCUAAAGAUCACUUGACUGUCAACAUGGUGAGGCUUGCAACUUCACAUUUCCCUAGAAAUGUUGCAAAUCUGUUGAUUUCCAACACUGUUACUUCUGUGUGUACCUGUACAACGGUGCAACUGACUCACUUCUUCAUGUGAAAAGAGACUGGGGUGUUGAAAUCACACAGCGCUUGAAAACAUUUUUACCAUGCCCGCUGACUCAGUGCCAUGUGGAAGAGCUCACAGUGAAAACCAGUUCUGUUUACAGUAACUCCCUCCCUCUCAUCCGUCUUCUUCUUCAUCACUGACCCAAGCCUGACCAAGAAGCAAUGCCGUCUUUCUCUGGGUUUCUAAGAGGCAAACAAGCUUAAAAAAGCAGCGUGUUGCACAAACUGCGGGACAUUCCUCUGGUUUCAGAUCAAUGCAACUGUUGUUUUGAGCUAAGAUUUUUAGUGGUCCUCUCCCAUUUUUUCAUGGUUCAUGCCUUCGACUUAAUACAAUUUGUCUGUUGUAUGAUUUCAUGGUAGUGCUGGACAUAUAUAUUUUCAUGUCUUCUUAUUCAGUUUUUACCUGUGAAAGUGUUCUCAAGGUUUGCGCCAAACACAGUUUGCAGGAUAAUGAUACACAGUAUGUUAAGCGUCAUCUUAAAGCAGGAAUCACAUCUAUUUUGCAUGCUCUGUCUUUACUGAAGUGUCUUUCUUAUUGCAGAAUGCAGCUUUAGCCUCUGCAUGACAAGCCAUGACCAGCACGCAGACUAGACUCUAGACAUCCAGUUACAAAGCCAGGACUCAAGAAUGAAGACCAAAUAUGCAAUUGUCUUCAUCUGUAUCGUGGCCCUGGUCAUCAUCGAAAAGGAAAGCAACAUCCUAUCAAGGGUCUCUGAUAAACUGAUCCAGAGGCAGAUACCACAGCAGACCCCACAGACUCCACUGGAUUACAGCAACACAACACAAAAUGGCUCCCUGACGAUGCUCAAAAUGCUGCUCUCUAAACGCACCGGUGUAAAACUGAAUUACUUAAGUCUCUCCGAGGAGCAAGAGGAGGAAGAGCUCGAUGACUUGGGCACAUACAGCUUGAGCGGUGGCCAUAAGCACAUAUUGCUCAUGGCCACCACGCGAACAGGUUCCUCUUUUGUGGGGGAAUUUUUCAACCAGCACGGGGAGAACAUGUUCUACCUGUUUGAGCCUUUGUGGCACGUCGAGCGCAUGCUGACCACGGCCUCGGAGUCAAACAAUGGAACAGUGUUGGCAGGAAUCUACCGGGAUGUACUCCAGGGGCUCUUCCUGUGUGAUUUCUCUUCCCUGGAGAAGUUCAUCUCUCCCCCACCUCAGGACCACGUUUCCCCGGCUCUUUUCCGCAGAGAGUCUAGUUUAUCGCUCUGUGGAGAAUCUGUCUGCAGUCCUGUAAUCAAAGAUGUUUUUGAAAGGUAUCACUGUAAGACUCGUCGCUGUGGGCCGCUGAACUUGACCCUUGCGUCUGAAUCCUGCCUCUCCAAGCAACACCACGCCAUUAAAACUGUCCGUGUGCGUCAGCUGGACACCUUGCAGCCUUUGGUGGAGGAUCCUCGCCUGGAUGUGAGAGUAAUCCAGCUAGUCCGAGAUCCACGGGCCAUCUUAGCAUCCCGCAUGGUGGCUUUCUCUUCAAAGUACCAGACGUGGAAGACCUGGGCGCAGGACGGCCAGGUCCCCGAAGACGAUGAGGAGGUGAAGAGGCUCAAAGGCAACUGCGACCAGAUUAGGAUGUCAGCAGAGGUGGGACUAAGCCGACCUCGCUGGCUGAGGAGACGCUACAUGUUGGUGCGUUAUGAGGAUAUUGCCCGCUACCCCAUGCAGAAGGCAGAGGAGAUGUACAGGUUCACAGGGAUACCAUUUAGUCCCCAAGCUAGGGAGUGGAUACUGAGGAACACCCAGACCACACGGGAAGCGAGCGGGAUUUACUCCACGCAGAAGAACUCAUCAGAGCAGGCAGAGAAAUGGAGAUUUAGCAUUCCCUUCACACUGGCUCAGGUAGUGCAGAGAGUGUGUGGUCCUACCAUGAAGCUGUUUGGGUACAGAUUUGUGGAUGACGAAAAGACACUGAUCAAUAAGUCCAUCAGUUUGCUUGAAGAGAAACUAUUUCAUUAAUCGAGAGGUCAAAAAUGUAGCUGUGGAUUUGCAAAUCGCUGCAUGCGAUGGACCGGAGCCAGGAGAAGCCAUUACUGCACAGACCAAAACCAGUCAGCAAAGGUGCCGUAAAAGACACAACAUGUUUUACUGCCGACAGUAAAAUUUGGGCCAUAAAAUAAUAUUCAUACUCACCAAUGAUGUGCCUCAUUGUGAUAAAUGAAGAGCCACUUGAGAAAGAAAGUAUUUAUUUACAUACUGCGUUGACCGAGAAGCCUGGUACUCGAGCUUUGUGUGGCGCUUUGUAUUUCAUUUAAAAUGAAAUAAGCAUAGAUGUCAAGCCUGACUUGGAAGGUUGUAUUGAUAGUUGAUCAUGUUUAGACAUUCAGGGAUAAACUACAGUGAAAGGGAUACGUGUUGUGUUUUGUUUUGUGUGUGUGUCUGAAAGAGAAGAUGUUUCUGUUCAUAGGGUUUAUGACGCUAGUACUUCAUUCUGCCCAGUUCAACCUGUAUUUUGAUACAUCUGUACUCAACUAGGAAACUGACAGAAUCGAUUUAUUUAGAUUAGACCUGAUGUGCUCUCAUAGGGCUUUACAUAUCCGACUCAGGUGAAGUGAAUGUGGCAUUGCAAUUCAUGGUGUCUUCAUGAGGAGUAUUCAUACGUCACUGUGAAAAUACAGAAUCAUCUUUGAUGUAUUUAACCAAAAUGCCAUUUAAAGCAAUUCUCAAUAUACCAUAAAAAAGAGGCCAAUUAAGAUGGAUAUAUAAUACACAUGAGGUUGUAUAAAAUGAGUAGCUAUGGAAUAAAUAUCUUACUUCAGAUACCUACAUGUGUCUUUAUCAUACAAGUGUUGCUUUUCCUUAAAGCCAGUAGGCAGAGUAGUAAUGUAUUCUGUACUUAUAAACUCUGUGUUCUUGGACACGCAUUAUUGUGCAAGGAGUUGUCAGCGCCCAACUCAAAGAAAAAAAAUCACCAGAAAUAUUAAAACCAGCAACAUUGUAAAUACGCCCCCUGUAAAUGUAUUAGUCGUGAGAUUUGUGUAUGUUGAUGUUUUUGGUGCCAACUAAUAUACAAGAUGCUCAUAUGUAACUGCAUUAAUGUGGCCUAUCACUUUAAGUGAAGCCCAGGUGCUGUUGCGUUAACUAUCACUCUUGAUGGUAUAUAUAAAAGUAUCCACUGUGGCCCUAGUUCAAUGGUAGCAUUGUGUUCAGCUUGGCUGAAGCGCUGCGGAAACUGCCGUGCUGCUCAUGGAAAGGGAUAUGCAUUAGAGGUACAUAUAGUAGGGGGCUUAUACUAACUCAGUGUUUAAAACAUACAUAUGAAUACAUUAUGACUGGCAGGCCUUGCGUUGCCCAAACUCACUACUGACGUAUUUAAGCCAAAAAGGGAAUACUAGGAAAUACCAAGUUCAGCUGAGAGAAUGAGCGUAGUCAGUUUAUGCAUUCAACCAAUUUAGACACCCAGAGUGGCAAUAGAGUUGUUAAAGAUAUGUGUUUGACUGUAUACGAUGGUGGUUCAACCUUCAUGGGGAUAUGAUGCUUUUGUUAACUUGAAUUAAAUGUUUUCAUGGUGGAAAUAUAUUUACAGCAGAGCUGUUUUAAAGGAUUUUAUGGCAAGUCCAGUCUCAAUUCUUGUCAAAGCAAGUCUCAAUUCAGGUCCCGGUCUCUUCAUCAGCUAAACCAAGUUAACUGCAAGUCUUUCAGGUCUCUGAAUGGAACAAUUCAAAUGCCAAAAUAUUUGAACUUUUUUUCCCAAAAGCUCUUUAAUAGUGAUUUUUCCAUAGCUGAUUGAGAACAAGACCUGUUAAUGCAUAGGCCUAAUACAUACAUAGCCUGUUCAUGUGAUGUGGCUAUGCAAGUCUUGAUUUUACCAGGUCAACACCUGAGAUACCAAUAUUUUGCUUUUAGGGAUACAAGUCUCAAGUCCUCAUUGUUGUGACUUAAAUCCUAUUUGAGUAAGUCUACA